CUUCACACCAUGACCGACCACGCAGCCUCUCCUUAUGCCCGCCGCCGCCGGCGCUACGCUGCUCCUUUCCCUCCUCUCUUGUUCCCUCUGAUGCUUACAGUAGCGACGCACUACGGCUGCGAAUCUCCCCACAUCUUCCCAGUGUAUGCAUUAGCCGCGCUCCAUAAUAUUCCCACUCCUCCAGCUCUGUCCGAGCUGGCAGGCCACAUAGCCCCCCAUUACGACGGGUCCAAGCCUUACCCCUACAGCUCUCUUCAUAGCCUGAACGUUCGAUUUCACACAUCGACGCCGCCGAUAUACCUGCGCCGCCAAGCUAAAUUCCCAUAACAUCAGAUGGAAUUCCCGCACAGCACCUUGUCGUAUUCGUCCACUCUCAGCAGCAUAUUGUAGAGCUAUCAUGAACGAGACCCCAGGCUCAGUGCCCCGCCUGGCUUCCCACCCUCGCCGUCCACCAGCCCACAAAUCCGUCUCCCUUCGACAUAGUCCUCCGGCCGAUCGUCCCCAUAAGGGCAGCCGUCACCUGCCCCAGUCUACGCCGCAGAGUUCCCCCAAUGGCCCUGCGAGCGACAAAGCCAAUCCGCCGUCCACCGUCUCCCCAAUAGUGACCCACAAGCAGAGCUCCGGAGAGAGUAGCGACGCUGGCAAGUGGUUUGAAAACACCAACAACAAUGCGGCACAGAGCAACCCUUCUUUUGUCGACAAUGAUCCGCCCUUCUUCCUCCGCAACUCCUCCUCUUCGGAGACGCCUCCAGAUGGCCAAGAUCCUCGAACUGUUCCAUUACACGCUCAGUCAAUGAUGAUGUGCCAUCGGCCAGGGCUGACACAUUUCGGGGCCGAGGGCAGCAGUACCGAGGACUUCAGAAGCGUGAUCGACGACCUGACUAUUGCGAACAAGCGCCUGAAGCAGAAGUUGAGAAAGUAUGAGAGAAUGUACGAUGCUCACCUACAAAAUGAUAAACUGUUCGAGGUGCGUUUCCACGGAUUGCCUGACCACAAGAAAAAAGAGCUUGAAGAAUCCCUCCGAAAGUUCGCUGCCGACCUUGACAACAGCCCGCCCAGCGAAUAUCAACCCACAUCAUAUGCCCCUGGGCUCGACCACAAAACCGCCUCUUCGCGCACCUCGAGGUUCGCCGAGUCCGGAUAUGCCUCCCUAUCAGUCUCCGGUCAGAAUUCGAUCCCGUCUGCACAAGAUAGUGGUCACAAGAAGAUGUCGAAGUCGUCUUAUACCCGGCAACAGCAGAAUGUGCAGUCUUACCUACAUGAUAUUCCCGUUGGCUUGUUGCCGAAGCAUCCUGUGCCAAUGACAGAAAGGUCGAAGAAGAAGUUGGUUGUUCGCCGCUUAGAGCAGAUCUUCGCCGGAAAACGUCAAGUCCCUGGAAACCACCCCCAGCCGAUGCUACAGGAAGAGGUUGCUCAAUCUGCUGCCAUAGCCGAUCGACGAGCGAAAGAAGCUAGUGGUCAAAUAUACAAGCAAGAGGGACUUCGCGAAGCGCGCAUUAUGCCGGCGAAAGCAGGAAGCAAAGACAUUACUGGAUUCCAACCUACAGAGACUCCUCACAAGCGCCGCCCGUCUCUAGCAAUCAACGAGCAGGAUUUUGCAGACUCUGGAUCCCCCGACCAGAGGCCUACAAGACCAUUAGACUUGGAUCCUUCUCGCGCCCAGGUUCCCGAGGAGAAUAUGGAGUACAUCCGGCAUUUGGGAUUCACACCACCCGACAUGAUCUCCGGCAUAGCCCCAGAAGAUGAUCAUGGCUGGAUAUAUCUCAACCUCCUCACCAAUAUGGCCCAAUUGCACACUAUCAAUGUUACUCCAGACUUCGUCAAAGAGGCAGUCAACGACUACAGUUCAAAAUUCGAGUUGUCCCACGAUGGUCGCAAGAUUCGUUGGAGAGGUGGCCAUGAUGUAACCAGGAACAACGACAGCUCCUCUGACCAUUUCAGUGGCAGUUCGCUUUAUGGCAAUAUGACUGGAAGCAACUCCAAGUCGCCUGCGAAAUUGCCCAAGACUAGCCACAGCGGAAGCAGGGAUUCAAUGUUUGGUCCUAAAAGGCAGGCAACACGAAUGGCACGUGCAGCUAAGGAGAAAGGACAAGGAAAGCUUGCUUAUACUCCCCUUUUCUUCCACCAGGACGAUUCAGAUGACGAAGACGAUUUGUACAAUUUCGAUAUGCUGUCUUCGAGUUAUUCUCCAUUUCAAGGAGAGGCCCGCGGCAAUUCGUCGGGCUUCGCUAGUUCGGCGAUGCGAAGUUUAUCCUCGCGGAGAAGGCGCGAAGAUGGUCCCAUUAUAUUCUACAACGGAGCCAAGUUUUGCACUGAUUUAAGCAGCAAUCAGUGCGGCUCCAUGGUCGUGAACCCCACGUCAUACAAGAGUAUUACGACACAACCCAUAGGAGCAGCACCCAAGCCGUUAACAGAGCGCCAUGCCUCUGGGAUUGGAGAGUCAGGAAGGCCGCUGAAGGAUGCUUCACUGCAGGAUAUGGAUCUGGAUUCCACAGAAGGUGGGCGGACAGCAUCUAGUGAAGAAGACUUCACAUUGUCAACAGAGGCUCUACGAAACGAUAGUCUGGACGAUAGCUCGGAACCCAUGGAAUUUGAAGCAUCUGGAAUUGGCGGUGUACAACCCGAUGAUAAUUUUGAGAUCAAAGUCAAGCGUUCCCAUUUCCGCUCUAAGGAUUCAAAUCUUGUGCCUUUCCGGCAAACUACUUUGAAGCAUAGGGUAUACCCUCAUAGGAUACUUAAGGCUUUAAGAGAGCAGUUGUCAUCCAACGACGAAAAACGAUCAUUGCAGCCUAUCAUUAAGGAGGAGAUCAUAUCUGCAGCGCGUAAGAAUCUGCCUAACUCCACCCUCCCUCCUGCUUCCUUCUUACCAUUCGACUCCACAUCUUCGGGCGAUGUCGAUUCCGACCUCGAUUCAGAUGUAUCAUCAGGUCCCUCUUUAUCGAGUUCCUCUGAUGAAGACGACCCUGCAACUGCGCUCCCACUCCUCAAUAUUUCGCCCAUCUACAACAACAAACAAUACUCUUCCGGGAGUUGUAACGAAUCGCAAUCUGACGCUGACGACGGUGGUGUUGAUCUUUUGGCGACAGCUCGCAGACUAGAUCCGACAGCUGUCAUUGCAAGUGAACGCGAGUACGACGCCGCCUUCGCUGACCGCUUCGCAGAAGAAAUUCCAGCAGGGAGUUCUGCGGCCACAGCAGGGGGUGGAUCUGGAUUCAUUAGCCCUGCGUCCAAUUCCCUAGCCGAAGAAGAUAGAGAAAGGGGGAAGAAACCCGCAGAUGCCAGCAGAAGCGCAUCAGUUUCCCGCACAAAGAAUUUAAAGAGAUCUAGGACGAGCGAUAGUCUUGCUACCGCUUUGCAACCUGGAAAGUCGCAAAAGUUGGAGUGAAGGUAAAAUUAUCAAGUGUUUGGGUAUCUGAGGAAAAACGUAUAACGAUCUACGGCGCAAACCAUGUAUCACAGAAGGAGUUCAAGGAUGACUUAGGAUGGAUUGCAUCUGAUGGCGUUGAAUUUGUGUUACUUUUCUUUCCCACUUUAUACCCCAUACCUAUUCGUUCAAAAUGAGGAUUGCACGUAACGAGUUUUGGAUCUUUUGUAGUAGCAUUAUUACUACACCGAUUAGCGUGGUUGAGCAAUCGGUGACACGGUAUUGGUACAUUUCCU